AUGGCAAAAGUGAGAUUCAACAGACAGAGCUAUCGCCAACAGGGGUUAGCACACGCCAGGUUCUUUUCACACGCCAGGUUCUUUGCACGCGCCAGGUUCUUUGCACACGCAAAGUUUGAAAAAAAUACAAAAUUCGGUGAAGAGUUACUUAAGUACCACCACGAACAGUACGUGGAUAAGGCCCACAGGAGGCCAGACUUAUAUUUAAAGGGCAACGAAAAUAAGCAUGCCCAUGAUAACAGGUUAAGAAGGAACAUUCCCUUCGUUUACAGCAAUGAAGUUAAAAAUUUAGCAGAACUGAAAGGUAACCCAUUUACGUUAGUUAACGUGAAGAACGAAAAUGAUGAGUCCUUUGGGGUGGCUACAUUCAAUCCGUAUUCGCUAAUUACGGCUAGGAUAAUAAGUACCAAUGCGCUUUUCUCGGUUAACGUGAAUUUUUUUGUGGAGCGGUUGAAGAAAGCCUUGGCGUGGCGUUCCAAGAUGGUUGAGGGGGGUAAGCGUGUCAACUGGGGGGGAGGCCUCAGCACCAAUGAAGCAUCCAAAUCCGGUGUAGCACCUACAGGUGGAAUUCCCUCCAAGGAUACAGCUAUAUCUCCCAUAGGGGAAAUUCCCCCAAAUCAAAAUUAUCCCCUCAGCGAAGUGCCUCUCCUACCAAGUGAUACAUCCUACAGACUCAUCAAUGGAGAGGGAGACAACAUCCCUGGACUCAUCAUCGAUCGAUACCAUGAUUACGUCUCCAUUCAACACUUAACACUUGGAAUGGAAUUACUAGCUGCAACCAUUAAUGAGGCAGUUAUGGAAGUAUUAAAUCCUAAGGUUAUUCUCUUCAGAAAUGACAAUAAAGAAAGAUUAAAUGAGAGGUUACAUAUUUACAAAAAAAUUGUACACGGAAAAUUGCCUGAACAAGUCAUCUUAAAAGAAAAUAAUUGUUUUUUUUUUAUUGAUAUGUUGAACUCACCAAACACAGGAUGGUUUCAUAACAGAAGACACUUAAGACAACUUAUAUCCGACUAUGCAUAUGAUAAAAAAGUUCUGGAUCUGUUUUCCUAUGUAGGAUCGUUUGGUAUUCAGUGUUCAAAAAAAGGCAAGGCUAAAAAGGUACUGUGUGUAGAGAAGGAUAGAAAAUUUACCAACUUAGCUGAAGAGUCAGCUUACAUGAACAACCUCAGAAAUAAGGACAUUGAAUUUGUUUGUUCCGAUGCAAUUACCUUUUUGGAAAACUGCAAAGAACUCUUCGAUAUUGUCAUUUUGGAUCCACCCAAUUUAAUUCCCACAUCCAAAUUUAUCUCUUCGGGGAGUCAAAGAUAUCUCCACAUUAUCAGAUUAGCAACAAAUUGUAUCUCUUCUAAUGGCCUACUGCUAAUAAUUUUCUCCAACAAAUUAUGUUCCUAUCAAGACCACAUAAAUAUCAUUAAUGAAUCCUUUGUAGAUUCAAAUAGAACUGUUAAAAUUGUUGGCCAAGGUCGUGGUUCACCUGACCAUCCGGCCAAUCUAUCCCUCUACCAAUUCUCUGAUUUCUACUGGUUCCUCCUCCAGCUCUGCCCCUGA